AUAAUGUAAUACUUUAUUAUGUAAUCCGGAGUUAUCGGGAGCAGUGGCUUGACGCUUUCCCUUGAUAGUUCCUUUCCCUUUACAAGAAAUUGCACUUGUCAAAAUGACGGAGUUCGAGUGGCCGUGGCAGCAUAGCUUUCCUCCCUUUUUCACACUGCAGCCUAAUGCAGAUGUGCGACGGACGCAGCUUGACGCCUGGUGUUCUCUGGUUGUGAACUGGGGAAGAAGCAACAAAGUUAGCCAAAUAGAUGUCACAGAAGCAUCCAGUUUACCUGUUUUUAAGAACCCUAGUAUCAACCGCUCCUUACCAGCAGAUAGCAUAAUGGUUGUCUUGGAAGAGCUGGCCAAACGUGGGAAUCUUGAAUGGACAGACAAAACCAGACGAAGAGGGUUCCUGUUUUGGCGAAGUCCAACUGAAUGGGGCCAGCUAAUUUAUAAAUGGGCUCAGUCUACCAGUCACAUCAACAGUGUUUGUACUCUUUAUGAGAUCAGCCAAGGUGAUGAUACUGCUGAUGAAGAAUUUCAUAAAUUGGAUGGUGAUGUCCUCCUCAAAGCUCUUAAGACGUUAGAAGUAUCUGGACUAGCCGAGCUGAUCGAUUUUGAUGACAACAAAGGAGUAAAGUUCCUUUGAAAUCAGUUUAUGAGUAAGUCAUAUAUGGUAGUUAUUAUUUUCUUUAUUUACAAAAUAGAAAUAUCUAUGCUUGUAUAUCUUUAUCAAAUAAGAAAGAUUCUUUGUACUGAGUAAUGUACAAAUAAUGUAUUUGUACUUAAUAUAUUUUUUUCAUCUAAUGACUUUAAUCAUAGCCCAAAAUUUAUAUACAGUAAUUAGUGUAUGCAGGCAGCAACUCAUUUUACUUUAUGCUGCACAGGGCAGUGCCAUACCUUACAUGACCAAGAUAAUGUUUUAUAAACCAGUAGUAGUUUAGGAUUUGUAACAUUGCUCAACAAAAUGAUAAAUGCUUUCCUAGAAGCAUCUCUUCAUCUGAUUUUUAUAUCUGGCUAUCAGAAUAGGUAUGCCAUACUAUGUUGACUAUUUUUUCUCAUUUUAUUGUUCGUUAUUCAUUUGCCACAAGCAACCGGUUUGGUGCCUCCUUUUGAUAAUUACUCACUUGCCACAAGCAAUUGCAUUUAGUUGCUACUUGGAAAAACAAUGAGGUUGAUUAAACAAAUUAAGUUAAAGAUAAUGCAUUAAACAUAAGUGCAACUUUAAUCAGUAUUAUAUUGGUCAUUGCUCAAGAGCCAAAAUAAGAUUGAUUACAAUAUGUUAAGAUUUAGUGUUUAAAUAAACAUUAAACAAG